GGAGUCGGGGCGGAGCGGAGCUGCCUCCCGCUCACGGAGAAGCCCCGCGACUCGGUGCGCGACGGGGUCCAUUCGAGGCAGCAAACGCGAAGAAGGGUUGGGGUUGUCCAGAAAUGAGAGACUUGAGAAAAUCCCGGGGAGAAAGCGACGCCUUGGUGGCAGCGGAGAAGGAGGAGGGUGUCCGGUGCAGUUCAGGUAAACUGUGAAAACCUCAGGACUACCAAUCUUAAGCUGCCCUGAUGCUCUCAUCUGGGGUGGAUGCUUUCCUUGAUUCGUCUGUGUCUGCUGUGACAGAGGGAUUGUACACUGGACCCCCAGAGAACAUCUCCCCUGAACGUAUGGCCGUGUCAGGGCCUCAUGUUGGGUCAGAGGCAACAUCUGAGGUGUUGACGCCUGUGCUGGCCCUUGGGGACGGUCUGUCAGCUGAGCACCACAGGGCUCCCGGAGCACAAUGCUUCCACCAGGAGACAGAGGGUCUGGGGGAUAUGUUCCAGAUGAUUCCUCCUAGGCCAGCAGCAUCCCUGCCUAAAGAAGUUCUAAUGGCUGGAAACCUUGAAGAGGAUGAAAAAGACAAAAAAAGAAACUUUAGGAAGCUAAACUGCUCUAGUGAUGGAUACCAGAAAGAAGAGGAAAAGGCACAAGAUGCUGAGCAGUAUUGUGCUCAGUGCUGCACUGAGACUCCAGGGGAAAGGUGGUCAAAACAAGAGGACCCUCACAUGAACCAGCACAAGGUGAAGCCUUUGGGAGCCUGUUGCUCUGGAACAGUGGGAACCCUGAUAAACACAGAAGAAAACCAAGAACACGUUCAGGUGACAGCUGACACUCUGCCAAAGCUCACUGAAAAAGCACAAGGUAUGAAGGCUGACGGGACUAGGAUAUUUAGUAAAGCUGGAUGCAUUACUGACCGAGUGAGUAAAGGUCUUCCACCUGAAAGCAAUCAAUGCUCAGAGGUAGACACAGUCAUGGCCAGAGCUGGGGUUUCAGAAACGAGCACAUUAGAUUUUUCAGAGCCUUUAAAAGUCACAGGCAUUGAACCAGCCACAGAGCAUCCACAAGAAAACAAUGAAUAUAGUGGGUUGAAAGCCCGUGCUGCUAUGCCAUUGAGAACAGGGGACCAUGUUGUGUCUGUUCUGGAGACUAGAGAAGAACAAAAUCCUGUUAAUGAAUUCAGUAUGUCACUUGCUAAUUGCCAGCUUUAUCAGCAGGAUGAAGAAAACAAUGCUUAUGACUUCUGUUCUGGUCCUGUACCAAAACAUAACAAACCUCCUAGGCUGUCAUCAGUAGAAAGCUGUAGAACGCUCUCCACAAAGAGUUCUGAAGUUUUAUGUCCAGUUCAGAAAAGUAUCUGUUGUCUGGACUUUAGAAAUACGCCAGUAGAAAACAGUAGCACUGCAGUCCAUCAAAUUACUAAUGAAACCCACAAAGAGAGUCUUCCCAAGACCAUGGAAAGUCAGACUCAUUAUGGUCAUGGAACUGGGUUCGUAGAAAAUGAACCCUCCACAUCCAUACCAGUAGAGCAGAUCUCAGUGGUAAGGACCAAAGGAUUAUCUAGGGCUAAAACUGAUCAUAGGGAAGUAAGUGCUGGCAUAGGUAAAUCAAACAGCUCUGAAAUUGAAGAGGCUGCUGAAGUCCGGAGGAAAAUUGCUGUGGGAGAUAACACUGAAGUUGGUAGCUGGCCUGAAGCUCAAGAGGGUGCUAAGUCUGAGCAUUAUCCUUCUUCAGUUUUUAGUUCUGUUUCUUCAGCUCCUGAGGAGUUCUUGAAAGAAAAAUUAAAAAAGGUCCUGUCAGAAGGCAAUAAAUUGAAAAAGGAGCAGUGGCAAUUCUCUGUUGGUGAUCUGUGCAAGGAUGAUGUCAAAGAAAAUAGGCUGAUGAAAAGGAGCAAAGUUGCUUCCAAUGCAACAGACAUAUGUUUUUAUAAUGCCUCCAGUAAAAUUUCCCCUCACAGUAGCUACAGCUGUCUGGAUCUUAGUAGCAAGCUAGAAAAAGAUUCACCUGAGGCACAACUGUUUGAAAAGGAAUCUGAGGUGAAUACAACAUCAGAGGAGUUGGCUGGCAGUUCAGCCGAAGCUACAGAAGCCAACAGUGAUCCCAGUUUGUCCACUGGUAAAGAAGCUAACUUGAUCUGUACACUAAAUAUGACUCUACCUCCUGCUGCACAAAAAUCAAGACAAACUCAUUGUGACGAGUGUCCUCCUUGCACUGCUAACGAAGUUUCAAACCAGGAGAAGGCUCAGGAUGAUCCAUCUGGGAAAGAAUCAGUUGAUGCUUCUGGAACAACAAGGGAACAAGUUGCUGGUGGUGUGCUUCAUAAAGAAAAAUUCAAGUCUUCAGUAAGUUCCAGGACUUUUGAUAACCCUAACAGGGCAAGCAGAACUUCCCAAAAGACCAUGGAGUCUUCAGUUGGAAAUACAGAGAGUGUGGUCACUGGCUUAGAAAUAGACCAUAGGGACAUGUGGCAUUGUUGUAGUUGCAGUAUGAAAGAGCAGUGCACAGCUGCCAGUGCUUCCUGUGUUUUAUCAGGGAGUGCAUGCGUAGAUGAUGUUCUCCCUAGCAGUCAUUUGUUUAAUGUUGAAGUAAAGAAGAUGGAGGAAAAAGGUAAUUUGGAAGGAGAGGCUUCAGCUGGAUGUCAUAGCAAGAAGGCAAACAUCUUUCCAGAAGCACACUUGCCUUUGGCAUGUGAUUCACCUCCUUGUGAAGAUGAUUGGGGCCACAGAAGUGUGGAUCUGCAUGGGAUGAAUGAUGUUUGCACAGCAAAACCCAUGUUCUGCUCAGCUUAUGCUUCAGAGAAAUCUCCUGCUGCCUUGGUAGGAGAUGAGAUUUCAAGUAGAAAUAUGGAGGUUGUGAAACAAUUUGAUCUUUCUAAGUUAACAGGUGGCAGUGAAAUUGUUUGUGACAGAGAUGAGGGAAAAGAACAAAUCUGCACAUGUGCUCUCCAGACAGAUGAACUUGAUAAAGUAAGAACUGUGUAUUCUCCAAAGGCUCAUGAAGACAACCAGACUAGUGAACAGCUAUUAGUCAGAUAUUUGAAUGUUCGAACACGACACUCUAGCCAAACAGAAAAGACCAUUCGUCCAACGGAAGUUCUGUGUCUGGAAUCGCAGAGCGAGCUUGGUGGCCCAGUUCCAGGCAGCAAGCAAUAUUUAGAAAGUGUGAAUGAGCAACCAAAUGCUGGCUUACAAACUAGAGCCACUUCUGUGGAAGAAACCAAAACAUCUGUUGGCUCUUGUCAAAGUGAAGCGAUAGUGUUAGAAGAGAAGGUAGUGGACUUGAACUCUUUAAAUGGUGUGAAAAAUGAAGAUUCUUCAGGAUGCUUGGGCCUCAUCAGUGAUCGAAUAAAGGAGACCGUCAAACUAAAAGAAGACAAGAAUGAAUAUGAAAGAGAAGAUAAGGAAGCUCUUGGAGAAAGCUUUUGUGAUAGCAAACCACAUUGCUCACAGCAUGCUUGCUUUAUCGAAUGUGCAAAAGAGAAGGCCGAGCUAGUGUUUGUGGGAGACAAGAUGCAGCAACCUUGGCCAAAGAUACAGUGGCUGGUGGAGGACCAGGAAAAUGCAGUUAGUGCCCGAUUUUUGACCUUCCAAUCAAUUCAUGGGAGUCUGGCAUAUAAGCCAGAAAAUAUGGAUGGGCUUCCAGAGGCAGAGAACAAAAGUCUGAGAAUAAACACUCUCUUCAAUACCUCUUGCGCGCAGCUAACGUUUGAGCCUUCUAAGGAAACUGAUGCUCAAAAGGAUGUUGGUGCAUCCCAUUUUGGAAAGUUUGACAUCCUGGAAUUUUCUAAUGAGACUUGGGUGGGUUCAGAAACACCAUCAGCUCUGGACUUGGGAGUCUGUCUGCCUGAGAAAGAAAAGCUGUGUGCGCCAUCUGAGAAUGCACACACAGGUAAUUGGGAUUUGUUUUCAGCUGAAGUUUUUAGCACAAAUUCCUCAGAGACAAAACCUCUUUCUGUAACAGUGGCAGAUUUGCAGUAUAAUGCAACAGCCACAUUUUAUCCGCAUGUGAGUAAACUAUCAAACGGUCAGGAGUCAUCCCCAGACUGCGUGGUUUGCAGCGCAGUAUGUGUGCCUUACAAGUUAAAUGCACAGAGCAAAGAUACCGUAAAGGAGAUUGCAGAAGGCCAGGACAUUGUACCGACUUCGGUUUGCAAGGAAAAUGAGGCUUUAGGUUCAGAGAGACUUGGUCAAAUAGAGAAACGUCGGGUACAUAAGCAAAAGAAGAAGUAUGAGAAGAUGGGAUUACGUCUGUCAGACAGGGCACAACAACGACACAAGUCAGAUUAUCAAGGGAAAGAAACAAUCGCAUUGCAAACAAGGAUGUUGCAUAGUUCUGGACUCCUGUGCAGCUCUUCAGAUGAGGUAGUGACCUCCAGAAAUACAAAGUUUGAAGGUCCUUCAGAGGAGAUUUUUGCUGUCAGAAGCAGUGAAAAUAAACCGUAUAGCACUUUACAAGAAAUCAAAAGGCCAAAGAUUACCACAGAUAUUAUUAGUUCACAGUUCUUGAAGACUCAGGAUUCAGAAAUGCAGAACCUGAACCUUAAUUUAGGGUAUGACGGAAUCCCUGGUGCCUUUGAAACUGCAAAUAAACUACGAGGACCUCUUCCAUUAAAAAUACAGCCUGGAAGGACUUGCAAGAAAUUUCCCACAUCAUAUCAGCUAAAAAACGUGAGAAAAAGCAAAAAAAUUAAAAGUUUCUCUUUUUUUGAGGUUCCUCCAAAGCAGGGAAACGCGCUUCUCAAAUCUGUGUACUUUCCGUGUAAGCCAUCAGCAAUGGAAACGGAAGCAGCCAUGGGAUCUGUGCACAUGCCAAGGCAGAGAGCCAGGAGGUGCGCUUUGUUGAACAGCUUGACAUUGAGGAGGCGUACUGAAGAACCAGCCUUGCUGAGGAAGCUGGCUGCGAUGGCCAGCAAACUCCUGGCACCUGCCAAAAGCACCCAGGACUUAGAAUCUCAGCCACGUUCUUCUGAACUCUUUCCAGUGGGUGAGAGGUACAGCGAGCGUCGAUCUAAAAAUCUGCUGGAAGCCUUUUCUUGCAUUAACAGGCACUUACACUCACGUUGGGCUGACAGUUGGUGCACCAAGAUGUUCAGCUUUCAGCCUUUGGCACUUUACCCUGUAGAAUCUACCAAAAUACUUUUUUCGGGCUGUAGCCAUGAGCCUCCAGCCUCUUUCUUGGAUAGUCCAGUUUUCCCAAUUUCUUUUCACAUUAAAUUGGACUCCAGUGCUGUGACAGACCUCACAGGGAUUGUAUCCAAGCACUCUGUACAACACAGACCGCUUUUGGGAGAAAUGCCAGCAUCGCCUUCAAAGUGGACUUUCUCUUUUCUCCUGUCUCGGAGCUGGUCGGAUAUAACAGCUUUCAAGGAAGAUUCCAGUCUAAAUAAUGAGCUGGAUUCCCCUCUCUCUGGGACAGACCGAGGGGCUGUUGCCCUGCAUCCUGACUGUGGAAGAAUAGCCAGAGCAGGAAGAAGAGGAGCAUGCUCCAUGCUUGGCCUUCACACAGUGUUAGCACUUUCUUCCCCUGGAUGUUACAGGAUUUGGACAAGAAGAAGAAACUUAACCAGUCAUAUUCCUACCAUCCAGAGACUAUUUAUAUCCCAGUUUGCACAGGGUUUGAAAGGGGCAAGGUAUCCACCUUCCAUGUCAGACGACCUCGUCUCUUCAUUGCCGUACUCCCUGGGCAGGGCACUAUCCAUAUGGAGUCAGCACGGUCCUUCUGCCCGUCCCUCCGAAAUCACUUCUCUCCAUUCCAGUCACUGCAGGUGGCAGCCAAGUAUGGGCAUCGAGAACAGCAGCUAUGCCAUGUUACCGCACUUCCCUGUGCAGAGUACGGACGCGCUGCAGGCUGCAGCUGCUGCGAUACGUCUGGAAGCUUCAUUCCCUCUUCUGUUACCAAAGUCCUGCUCGCUUCCAGAAUCAUCACCACCUUCCCCCAGGCUUUCAGCAUCAGAGCUCCAGGUCCAUGCUCUUGAUGAAGCCGAUGCUUCUGUUCCAGCCUGUCUGAGAUCCCAAGGUGACACAGAACUGGUAAAAACUGAGCCAGAAAAGAGACCAAAGAAAGUCUCACAGAUCCGAAUCAGGAAAACCAUUCCUAAGCCGGACACUAACCUUACUCCAAUGGGACUGCCCAAACCAAAAAGGCUUAAGAAGAAAGAAUUCAGUUUAGAAGAAAUUUACACAAACAAGAACUAUAAGUCCCCUCCUCCAGCCAGGAGCUUGGAAACCAUCUUUGAAGAACCCAAGGAGAAAAAUGGACACUUGAUCUCUGUAAGCCAGCAGAAAAGAAAGCGGAUUCUAGAGUUUCAGGACUUCACUCUUCCCCGGAAAAGGAAGACACGAGGCAAAGUCAAAGCAGUGGGCAGUUGCACCCGAGCGAAAAAAGCUGCGCUCCAGAGUGCAGAGUUAGAUAUUCUUCUGAGUCAGAAGCUCAUGGACCUGGAGGCCUUUUUUGCAGAGGAGGCUGGGCAGGAGCAGGCCUCUAGCAUCCAAGGGAGCCCUUGAAUUGAAGGUGGUCUAGCCAGCUCCAUUAGCGUUUUAGUCCCACUGGGAGAAACCUACUGACUUAAUGUGUUGCUCUGCUGCUCUGUUCUAGUACCUGAAGGUCAGUUCUUGACUGUGGCCAUCGUUAAGGUGCUAUUUUAGGGGCAAGGGUUAAAUGCUAUCUGAGAGAUUCUUUUAGGUCCCUGUCCAAGUGUAACACAGCCACAUACAAUUUACCAUUCCUUCCCCAACCUCUGCAAAGUACUGCUCGUGUUUAAUUAUGUUAGAACACCUUUUGGGGGCAGAAUGGGAGUGUAAAGGAGAAAGGUGCACACCUUCAGUGACGCCAGAGCUCUGCACUCCAGACCGUUUGCACACUUGAGCUUGCUGUUGUUACUGUAAUGUCUGUCCUGAACAACCUGACAGAGGAGAGAUGGUGUUUGAUAAAGAUGCAUUCUAGCAAACACAGUCUUGAUAUACCACUAACUUUUUAAUAAUUAAAAGUAGCUGUAUUGGUUUGCUUUCAAUCGUUUCUUCCUUCUGUUUACUUAGAAGGUUUUUUUCUGAGUUUCUCUGCCCUUCCUGGCUUCAGGCAGCAGAAGCCCCAUGUAACUAAACUUUAUGAAACAUGCACUUUGUAUGUGUUUCUUUAUUUGCUGCUUGAGGACACCUUUUAACACGACUUAGCUCAAAAAAAGGUAAUAUUUUAAGAAAAAAUAGUGCCCAGUACUAACUUUUCCCAAAUUAAGUAGACUUUUUACCUACCUGGCUGAUGAUGACCUCCUCUCCAGAGGAAAAGGUAGUUAGCCCAUGAGGAUAUUAAGCUGCAGGAUAUGCAAGAAGAGGUUUUUAUUUAACGGAGCUGAGUUGCUGCAAGCAGGGUACACCACCAAAAUCUUUGAGACUCACUUUUAAGUGAUUUUAAUUCCAGUAAAGAUGUCAACCUGAUUUUAAUGCCAACAAGAAAAUUGUCUUGAGGGGUGUUUACCAUUUCAGAUUUACAGUUGACGUAGCCCAUAAUUAAAAAUUUUUUGCACAGCACUGCUGUACACAAGCAUGUUGUACAAAGAGCCUCCUACCCUAUGGAAGUUGGUUUUUUUCAUUAUGUAAAUUUGUAAUUCUCUGAUGCAGCACUGGGCAAUUUCGCGGCUGUACAUUCUGAGGGAAGAGAGCUCUAUUCUGCAGAACUUCUGUUAAACUUACUUGAAGCAUAAUUCAAAAUGAAUGCAGGCUGCAGUUCAGGUAAUUUCUGUCCUUUAGUGCCUAUAGAAGUUAUUCGGGCAAAGCUCUCGUUGGUGGGAUGCUCACAUUUAAUUAAGCUGUUCAUUCUUUCAUUUGUCACCUGAAACUUGCACUUUCUUAUUUACCUGCCAAAUGGUAGUUUCUCUGUACCGUCAAAGUGAGCAAAUAUCUAGUGGGCGGUUAUUUUAAUGAAGUCCCAAUAAAUGCAGGACUUAAUUACCAUUUUCUCCUGUUGCUCUGCCACCUCUGUUACUGCUGAACAGAGAACUGAAAAUUAACAAGCGAUCUGUUGAAUUCCAGAGCUUUGCAAGUGGAGAGGUGGAAGAAGAUUAUUACACUGUGUGUAACUUGAGUCUUGAAAGAGCUGUAAAGGGGCUUGGUUUACUCCCAGCUUAUGUGCUGGGGUUCCUAGAAGUUUACAUUCUUGUCUUGCAGCUAAUUAUCUUUAAUCAGGAAGAGUGAAGAAAGGAGUGCUCAUUUACAGCAGUGGUGUUUGGGUUUUGAAGGUAAAAAAAAAACCAAGGCAGGCAAACUUUCAACAUGUUGAUGUCCCAUUUCAGCAGCCAGGACUGGUUGACCUGUUUGGGCUGCUGGAAAACAUUUAAACUGAUCUCCUUUAUUUUUAUAAAAAUAAAUCCCUGAAAAAUAAAGGUCCAUUGCCUUUUAAAAAUGUUUGAAACUUUCCCUAUAGUGGUUUAUUAGCCAAUUAUUGACUAGUUGGAACAUGUAGCAAGUGAGAGAGAUAUUUUUGUGAUUUUAUGCUAUAGGAUGGGAUUGUUGCACAGCAUUCAUUGACCUUCUGUAAACACAGGAGGCUGCCAGUGCUGUGAGACAGUUGAGUUGUAACUUUACUGGGGCUUUUAAUAAAACAAGUAUAUGGGUGGAGAGGGAGGAAACUUGGGUCCAGGCAGAGCUCAGACCUCUAAUGUGCUUAAAAUGUGGAAUGUGUAGGGUUUUUCCUCUGGGCUGCAGGUUUAUUUGGUUUUGGGGGGUGUUUUUUUAUCCGCUUCCCUGCUCUGUCUUCUUUCUGUGAUUGCUUUGAAAUAAUAUUUCUUAGCUUUCUCUUUAACAGCUACAGCAGAGAGAGCAGAGCAAAGAAAACACUCAGUUCUUUUGUUUACAAUUACUGGAGAAAUUACAAAAUGAGUUGCAGUUGCCUGGCUGUCCCAGACCUAGUUUGUGGAAAGGCAGAUACACAGCUUGCUUUGGUUUGGUUUAGUAUUUGUGUGGUGGUGAGGUGUAGGCUAAUGGAGACAAGGCAUCUCUGCCUGCCUCCAGCUCGCAGACGUCAGUCAUGCUUGUGCACUUUUUCCACCUCUGUUCUUGUUUACAGCACUUGUGGAACAGAUUUGUUCCUUGUGGCUGCUGUUUGUACACUGGGAGCAGUGACCGCGCAAAAGCUGAGCGUUUGCCACUCUGAGCUGCUUUGGUCCCAGAUAAUUGAAAGAAAAACAUCUAAAGGAUGCAUCUUUUGGAGUCACGUACAUCCCCAGCUGAAGGAUGUGUACACUUGCCUUUUCACAACAUGAACCCACUCCAGUGAGGAUUUGGUUUUGGACCAUUGUGGAAAGACGCUGUGCAUAUUGCUCACAGGAUGAUGGCUAAAGCAGCUGGAAAAGGGUUGCAAAACUUUUGCAAUGAACUGUCUCUUAGCGGUAGGUUUUGCAGAGCCAGGCAGCUCUUUUCUAAAUUUGCUAAUUAUGAGAGGUAGAAAGAUCCCUUUCGAAAAA